CACAAGGAAAAUUUCCACGACGGCAGCCAUGUUUGAUUAGCUUGGUCGAAGAUUUCAUUCAUUGUUUCUAGUACUUUGAAUAUGUCUUACAACGCUGAAAAACCGGAAGGAGACCCAGAUGCUCCUGAUGCAAGAGCUGGGGGAUUUUUUUCUAGUGAUUUUCAAAGACAUGAUGAUUUGAAAAGUAUGUUAGACAGUACAAAGGAUAGCCUUAAAUUGGACGCGAUGAAGCGGAUUAUUGGGAUGAUGGCUGAUGGGAGAGACAUGUCAGACCUUUUUGCUGCAGUAGUAAAAAAUGUUGUCUCUAAAAACGUUGAAGUUAAAAAACUGGUUUACUUGUACCUUGUCAGAUAUGCUGAAGAGCAACAAGACUUAGCUCUCCUCUCUAUAAGCACAUUUCAGAAAGGACUGAAGGAUCCAAACCAACUUAUCCGUGGAAGUGCUUUGAGGGUUUUGUCAAGUAUCAGAGUUCCUGUUAUUGCACCAAUCAUGAUGCUAGCAAUAAAAGAAGGAGUUGCAGAUAUGUCACCUUAUGUUCGCAAAACUGCUGCUCAUGCCAUUCCCAAACUUCACAGUUUGGAUCCUGAGCAAAAAGACUGUCUUAUUGAGGUUAUAGAGAAACUGUUGAAAGACAAGACAACGCUUGUUGCAGGAAGUGCUGUUAUGGCUUUUGAAGAUGUUUGCCCAGAUAGAAUAGAUCUGAUUCACAAAAACUACCGCAAAUUGUGUAACUUGUUGAUAGACAUUGAUGAGUGGGGUCAAGUUGCUGUCAUCCAUAUGCUCACAAGAUAUGCUCGAACACAAUUUAUUGACCCAAACAAAGAGCUUUUAUCAGAGGAAGCCUUUUAUCCUCAAUCUGAAAAUUCUGAUGAUGACGACGAUGAUGAUGAUGAUGAAUCUAGAAAGGAACCAAAGAAGCAGCCAUACAUGAUGGAUCCUGAUCAUCGUCUCCUUUUGAGGACAUGUAAACCACUUCUUCAGAGCAGGAAUGCUGCAGUUGUGAUGGCAGUAGCAAGAGUGUACCAUCAUUUAGCACCCACAAAUGAAGUUGGAAUUGUAGCACGUUCCCUAGUCAGACUCCUUAGAAGUCACAGGGAGGUCCAAAGUGUUGUCCUCAGUAAUAUUGCAACAAUGUCUUUCACAAGAAAGUUAGAUCGCCAAGGGUUCCAAGUUGGUUCUUUGUCUCAUAUGAUGAACCUCAAAGCUAAUGGUUAUCAGGAAUUACCCCAUUUCCCAGAGAUUGCUCCAGAUCCUUCUGUGAGAAACGUAGAAAUUGAGGCAGUAUGGGGAAUAAGUUCCAAGAAGAAAACUGGCAAAGCAAAGAAAUCUUCAUUUUACUCUGAUUCAGAGUCAGAAUCAGGCUCGGAAUCAGAGAGUGAUAGCGAGGAAGAAAGUGGAAGUAGCAGUGGAUCAGGGGAGGAGGAUGAUGGUGGGGAUCAGAGCAAGACUGAAUCUGAGGCAUCUACAAAAGGUGAUAGUGAAGAAGACAGUGAUGCAAGUGAAAGUGAGGAGAAGUCAUCCUCAGAGUCAGAGACAGAUGAAAGCAGUGAAGACAGUUCAGAUAUUUCAUCUGAGGAUGAGAAGAUUCCAGUCAAGAAACCUAGGACACCAGUUAAGACUACCAAGCAACAAAAAUCACCUGAAGGAAAACCAGCUUCAGACAAAGGAAAUGCAUUGUUGAUUCUUGAUGACUUAAAUGAACCAGUGACUCCCACUGUAGGCUCGAGUUCCAGUAACAUAAUGUCACCAAGUCUGGCCUCUGAGAUUGAAUCUUUAUCAUUUACAAAUGAUGUACCUACUGUCAUCGCCCCACUUAGUCAAAGCUUUUCAUCUGCCAAAUCACAUGAGCUUCUCCAUCGAAUGCAGGGCAAAGGACUCAGUGGCAGUUACAAGUUUACAAGAGGUCCUUGCAUUUAUUCCACAUCCAUGGUAGCUGUGGAAGUAACACUGGUCAACAACUCUGAAGCUCCCAUUUGUAAUAUUUUUGUGGAAGAAAGGAAACUAGGAGCAGGAAUGAAAAUGCAUGACUUUCAACCAAUUGCAUCACUUGCACCUGGUGCAACAAUUGCAGUGACUGUAGGAAUUGAUUUCAAUGACACAACUCAGCCUGCUAGUUUUAGUUUGUGCACACAAUCCAGUAGGUUCCCAGUUAGCAUCAAGGCACCUGUUGGUGAACUGUUACAAGCCUGCCCCAUGACUGAAGCUGACUUCUUGACCAAACAAGGUAAACUUCGAGGCUUAAAUGAGAGUUCUGGAACAGUAGAUAUUCCUGCUAACCUUAAUUCUGAAGAAAUGGUAUGUUCAAAAGUAAAGGAGGCUGCUGCUAUUACCUACAUUGGAGCCACAUCCCUUUCUGAGGGGGCAUCAACAUACAGAUUUGCAGCUCGCACCAUAUCUGGAGGAACACACGUUCUUGUGACAGUUAAAGUGCCCGUUGAUGGAAAAAGCAGCUCCAUAACAGUGAAUUGUGAAAAGAUGGCAAUUAGCUCUAUGCUUGUUAAAGAAAUAAAACAAGCUUUGCAAUGAUAUCAGAAUUGAAUAGUCGUGUAAUUGUCUAAAAAAAAAUUUUGUUGUGAAAGAAUGCACAGUAACUUUUCUCCUUGUUAUCAUAGGUCAUGUUUUUUCCUCAUAGAUACAAGAGUCUUAGAAUGUUGUCAAGGUUACACUUGAUUGCAUUAUUUCUUUAACUGAGAGAUUUACUGUAAUGAUAAUGAGAUAUUUUAGUUAGCAGAUGAGAACAAUGAUGGAAAACUCAGUUUGAAAAUAAACAAAAUAUUACUGCUAGUCA